UUCGCGGUCGAUCAAAGCGUCCAUUUUAAUGUUUGCAUGAAAGAAGAGCAAAGAAAGAACGAGAUCAUUUGGCAUUUUUUCUCCUUUAAACCAACAAUCUAGUCCCCGAGUGCCUCUCGAACUAUUUAUCAUUCAUUUAGGGCCUGUGAGUUUUUUGUACUUUAGAUAUGAGUAAGAAAUCCUCGGCUAGUUCGGGUGAAGAUGGCAGUCGUUCCGCGUCCAAGAAGAAAGGAGGAGGAUUUCUCGCUCGACAAGCAAAAGCUAAAAAGACGAUAACGGAGGAAGAACUUCUUAAAAAGGGUUCUGUUUCACCUGAAGAUGUACUCAAACUCACAAAGUCCACAGACAAUUAUUUGUGUGAACCACAAGCUAAUGUUUUCAACAUAGACUUUACGAGGUUCAAAAUACGAGACAUGGAGACUGGCGAGGUUCUUUUCGAAAUCGCAAAACCGGACAACUUGGAGGACGAGGUGAUAGAAAAUGAAGAUGAUCCUAACGCAGGUCGCUUCGUACGAUACAAGUUUACAUCAGAAUUUCUGCGAUUAAAAACCGUGGGAGCAACGGUAGAGUUUACCGUCGGCGAUAAGCCAAUACAGAACUUCAGGAUGGUUGAACGACAUUAUUUUCGGGAUCGUCUUCUUAAAAGCUUCGAUUUUGACUUUGGUUUUUGUAUCCCUAACAGUAAGAAUACUUGUGAACACAUCUACGAAUUUCCAUCCCUAACUCCCGAUCAAGUACAAGAAAUGAUAGACCAUCCUUUUGAAACCAAGUCAGAUAGUUUUUACUUUGUGGACAGCAAGUUAGUGAUGCAUAACAAAGCAGACUAUGCUUACAAUGGAUGAUUCCUCACAGACAAUAUUCAACUUUCCUUCCUUAAACAACAUGGCUUUUAUUGUUACCUUCUUCAUCAAGAUAUUUCUGUCCUUUUAUUCACAAUGGUAAAAGGAGAGAAUUCAUUCGCAACAAAUUUUGAUUUUCGCCAAGGCCAGUAAGAGUUGAUGUGGUUUCAUGCUGUGACUGUGAAAAACAGCAUUUUGGAUCAAGCAAUUCCUCAUUACCAAAGAUAUUGUGCUGCAGUAUUUUUCAGGUUGCUGAAGCUAACUGCUCUGCCUAACUUACUGUGUUUUUUCCAUAUUCUGCAAACUCUGACAUUUCAACAGCUAGUUGUGAAAUCGUUUUUUUACUGCAGUCAGUCAAGAAUAUAAAUAUUAUUAUAUAUAUUAUUUUUUAUUGAUGGUAGUGAGAAAUUAAAUUUCAGAGUGCAGCUCGCAACAACUAAGUUUGCAAAAUAUGAAAAACCGUGUAUUCUAGUUUACUAUUGUCUCUACUGUAAUUUUCAAUAUUAAAAAGCAUUGGCUCUUUUGAAGAAUCUGUUGGAAUUCAGCUUUUCCUGUUACCAGUCAAAAAAUUCAAGACCUACCAAGUGAUCAUACUUUGAUUGACAGCAGCACGAAGCUAAAUUCCAAUCAGCACCAGGAAAUUUAUGAGCCCAUGUGAAGUUGGAAAUAAUCUUCUGCAUGAAAUUAGGUUUAGAUGUUGUAUAGGUUUUUAUACUCAACGAUCAAUGGUUUAAUAAUAUUGGCAAUAUAUAUAGCAUAUAGCAUUAUGAUAUUGCUCCAGUUAGUUAAACAAUAGAACAUUUAAAAAGGGACUGUAUUAGCAUGUGAAAUAGCAACAUUAUUCCUUCAUGUACAUUAUCCUCUGCUUGAAAAUAACUGGGUUUCCUUCGUAUUCCUUUUCAGUCUUGUAAGAAUUGACGAAAGAUAGGGUGACUCCUUUAACGUCAUGCAGGGUAAAAAUAAUGGCUCCUUAGAGAACAAUAUCUGUCCAAAAUAUACACUUGUCCAGCCAAAUGCCUAUUAGGUUGGUCCACUUGACCAUUCACAUUAACUGGUAUGAUGUGCCAAAAUAUUGUAUCCUGCCAUUGAGCAGCCAUUAUUCUUAGCCAUGUGAUCUAUGAUGCAGCACGCUCAAGUGCCAUCUGUACUAUUCUUGAUUUUCACAUUGAAAACUCCAUAUCAGUUAAAUUUUACAACUUGUUUUGUUUUCUUUACUAUAAACCCAUGUGGCAGCCAUAUAUUAUUUCAUUCUCUUGAGAUUGGUUACAAACUAAGAACAGGGUUCGUGCUACUCCUUAAACUCCUUGAAAACUCCUUGAAUUUAAUUCACGUUUUCAAGGGCACUUGAAAAGCCCUUGAGUUUUAUGAUCUUAGCUAAAUUCCUUGAAAACUACUUGGAUUUUUGUUUUGAUCAUUACUUGCAUGGUUCUGAAAUAGAUCUAGUCUAGUCAGAAAGAUCAGAAAAUAUGAAAGUCGGCCAUGUGCAACCAUUGUGUAAAACCUUGGCAUAUUUAGCUGAACAUACUCCUUGAAAAUUCAUUUUUGGGUCCUUGUAUACUCCUUGAAUAGUCCUUAAAUUUUAACUUGUUAUCUCAGCAUGAACCCUGUAAGAAGUGGCAAAAACUUGGGAGGGACUCAUGUGAUAGCUCAGAUGGGAGAAGUAUAGUAUUUAGCUCUUGUUCUAUAGUUAACCUUGCAAACUGAUCCAUGAAAGAAUUAUUUUCACCCUUACAAAGCAUUCAUUGAUUCCCAUAUUCUAUGAAAUAAAAACAGUUUUAUUUAAA